AAUUGAGCAAGCAACCGGAAGCUUAUCUUGCAGUUUACAAGAGGUGUUGCGACUUUCCAGCGUUUUUUUUUCUGUACGUCUGGGUAACAGCAACAGCAAAAAUGUCCGAAAGAAAAGUAUUGAAUAAAUACUACCCUCCGGAUUUUGAUCCGUCCAAAAUCCCGAAGCUAAAGCUCCCCAAAGAUCGUCAGUAUGUGGUCAGAUUGAUGGCUCCAUUUAAUAUGAGGUGUAAAACAUGCGGUGAGUACAUUUACAAGGGGAAGAAGUUCAAUGCACGCAAAGAGACCGUUCAGAAUGAGACAUACAUGGGACUGCCUAUCUUUCGUUUCUACAUCAAAUGUACCCGCUGUCUUGCUGAAAUUACAUUUAAGACUGACCCAGAGAACACAGACUACGCCAUGGAGCACGGCGCAACGCGAAACUUCCAGGCAGAGAAACUCAUUGAGGAGGAGGAGAAGAGAAUCCAGCAGGAGAGGGAAGAAGAGGAACUGAACAACCCCAUGAAGGUGCUGGAGAACCGCACAAAGGAUUCAAAGUUAGAAAUGGAGGUUUUGGAGAACCUGCAGGAGUUGAAGGAGCUGAAUCAGAGACAGGCUCUGGUGGACUUUGAGGGAAUGAUCGACCAGUACAGAGAGAUGGAGAAGAGGGAGCGGGAACGGGAGAAAGAGGAGGAUGAGCGUGAAAUGAAGGAGAUGUUGGAUCGUGCUCUCGUGAAAAGACUCAGAGAAUCUGACUCUGAUUCAGAAACAGAAGAAGAGAGCAGCAGCAAACAGUCAAACAAGUCCAGCUCAGACAAACCAACAGACAUCCUCACUGCUGACAAACCAACAGAGGCAGAGGGAGCUUCAGCUGGAGGAGCAAAGAAGGCCAAGGUGGAGAGCUGGGAGAGGAGUGUCGGGACGCUGGGUGGUAAAGGAGCAUUAGGUUCACUGGUUGUCCGAAAGAAACCAGCAAUGACUGUGAGCAAACCCUGUUCAGUAACGGAAACUGCUGCUCCUAUCUCACAGACAGAUUCAAAGCCAGCGACGACAGAUGCUUCUAAACCCGUCACCACACAAAAUGGGUCAUCAUCCCUCAGCCUGUUGGGGGCGUAUUCAGACAGUGACAGCAAUGACAGCGAAUGAGAACAAGAUGACUCUAGUGACUGACAUACAAUUGUAUGUAUGGUGCAGAAAGGAAUACAGUGCUUAAGCCCUGUUUGUAAUGCUGUACAGAUAUUGAAAUCUCAUAUAAAUCAGCUUAAGGAUUCCCCCCCCCCCAGUUGUUUAAAUCCAGUCAGAUCCACAGAAAAAUGGGUCUGUUUGUCCUGUGACUAUACCACCUGUAUAUUUUAAUGUUUAUUAAAAUGUCUGUACUGUUUGUAUGUAGCAUUUUUUUAACUUGGUGUCUUAAAAACAUAUUAUAAUGCUGGUGUUUCCAAGCCAGCAGAGAAGCAUAUGUGCAUAUUUGGGUUAUUUCUCAGCUUGUCCUUGGUCUCGAUGGCUGGUGUCCUGCAGGUUUUAGAUCUCACCCUGGGUCAACACACCUGAAUCAGAUGAUUAGUUCAUUACCAGGCCUCUGGAGAACUUCAAGACAUGUUUAGGAGGUCAUUUAGCUAUUUAAAUCAGCUGUGUUAGAUCAAGGACACAUCUAAAACCUGCAGGACACCGGCCCUCGAGGCCUGGAGUUUGACACCUGUGCCCUAAACGCACCACCUAAGAGCCAUCCAGGUCCAGGAGGGGGCAUCCUAAUCUAGUCCCCAAACCAAUUCAACUGACGUCCUUCAUUGUGGAACAGUAGAAGUUCUGCUCUUGUAAAUGAACAAGCUCCCCACCUUGCCUCAAAGGGAGAGCCCAGACACCCUUCAAAGGACGCUCAUUUUCAACAUUUGACCACAAAGCCAAGAUAAGUCAGUAAAUCAGUAAUCCAAAUUCAUUUGUGUAGUUUCCCCCCUCCACAGAUGGGAUUAACUGGAUUUAACUUUCAUUUCAUAUACAUAAACUGGCUUCACCUCAGGCAGCCAGCAUUAUUAAAAAUCAAAAUACACACUGUAGUGUGUAUUAUUAUGUAUUAUUAUUAUGUAUUAUUGUGUAUUAUUAUCCAGAGCCCAGAAUAAAUUAAGUAUUUGUGGAA